UGUGUGUGUGUGUGUGUGAGUGCGCGUGCGCGCGCGCGCUUGCUGGCUAAACGGGUCCCUCUUGGCAGUCUUAGCCAACAGCCCUUUCUAUUUCUCCAGGAGGUCCCGAAAGUCUCAGUAGCUUCUCUGACAAGGUGCUGUCAGUGGUAACCCGCGGCGAUCUGCACCGUCCUCUAAAGCUCACUCCCAAGUCGGUCCCGAGCGCCCUCUCGCAGUCAACCGCGCUCGCCCUCCGGCUCUCUCCGGGGACGCGCGCUCUGGUCGGCUCCGGACUUGGUACCCGAGAUGGUUGUGCAGAGGAUUAGCGUGUGUGGGGGAUGGGGGUGGAGGGUUGGGGUGGGAAGGGAGGAGUAAUGAUGCCCCUUUCAGUCCCAGCCAAGAGCUGGCCCCUUGCGUUCAAUGACCCCCAGGGUCCUUGUGCCCCGCGGAGUGCGUUGUGAUUGGAAGAAGAGUAGGCUGCUGCUGGGCUGAGCAGGUGCUAGUCGGCUGCCUCUGUGUCUGCCCGGCGCUCAGAGCACAGCGUCCCUGAGCACCCGUGGAUCCCCCCCAUCCCGACCUCCCACCCCCUUGCCAAGUGCGCAUUCUUUUAAAUGCAAACGCCACGGUUUCAGGUGCCUGAUGCUGCUGGCACGGUAGCGAGGCCCCAGGUGAGUGUGUGUUUGCCUUGGUUUGGGGCUGGGGCGGUCGCCCUCGCAGACGCGCGCGUCCUCGCUGCGCACCGCGGGGAGCCGGACAGAUAAGUGAGCAAAGAGCGGGAGUGGAGGGGGGGGCUGGGUGGCGAUCUCCGUGUGGAGUUUCCCGUGGCGUUCCCAAGUUACUGCGUGCUGUGAGGAGACGUGCUGCUGCCUGGCAGGACAGGCGUGAGGACUGAGUUUUCUCCCCGGCCGAGCUCAGCCGGGAAAGCAGUGUUGACAGGUGCAACGCGAGCGAAGUAGUCAGGGUGCGAGUGAAUCCCAAUCCCAGCCCACUCCUGAUGCAGAGGUAAACACUUGCGGGCUGCACGGCUGUCCUCAAAGAGGUAGCCAGCGGACCCUUCGGUGGACCUUGGACUGAUGCUGGCACAACUCGGAGCAGACUGUGCCACCGCUUUCUGCAGAGGUCUGAGGCUGGAAGGAGGUGUGAGCCUUGUGUAAGCAGGAUCAGGAUUCCUUUGAACCUUCUGACCUAGACCUCUUUGGCCUUAUGUGAACGUGGAACUCAAGUAAGGUGACCCUCCCCCCGGCACCCCCCUAGUAAUUAGUAUUCCGUUGGUCAGGUGCAUCUUUAGUGUUUGCCUCCACUUCGCCUCUUUGUACCUUUGGUGUGAGCUGGGAAACGGGCACCCUGCUUCUCUGGAAUUCAUGCUGGACUUGGACAUCUUCGUGGGUUCACUUGGCACAAGGCUAGUUGCUGGUAUUCAGCCUCCCAGCUUUCCAGCGUGGAUUAAUACAAAAGGACCUUUCCUUUGAAUGGCUUCACGUUUUAGAUCAUUAACCCUUCGGAUUUCUUAGAUGUCAUAGUUCAGGAACUUAUUACGCCAUUCCUUGGCAACAGCUCCGCAGCACUGGUGACCUCUUCCAGUCCAACACUCUACAAAUUAUUAUCUCUGGACUCCCAGCUGACACACUGCCGGAGGCAAGAGCGACGAAGCCAACUAGAACUGUGCCUUUUCUCUUGUCAAGGUUUUUUCCUUACACAGGAAAAAGGAAGAGAAAAAAAAGCCAUGAAGCUGGGCAAAGUGGAGUUGUGCCAUUUUCUACAGCUUAUAGCUCUCUUCCUGUGUUUCUCUGGGAUGAGUCAAGCUGAGCUGCCAAAGUCCAGAUCCAAGCCAUACUUCCAGUCAGGAAAGUCGCGGACCAAGCGCAGCUGGGUUUGGAAUCAGUUCUUCGUGCUGGAAGAGUACAUGGGUUCAGACCCCCUCUAUGUAGGGAAGCUUCACUCUGAUGUUGAUAAAGGAGAUGGUUCCAUCAAAUACAUCUUGUCAGGCGAAGGGGCAAGUUCAAUUUUCAUUAUUGAUGAGAACACUGGUGAUAUCCAUGCUACCAAGAGACUGGACCGGGAGGAGCAGGCCUAUUAUACACUCAGAGCCCAGGCUCUGGACAGACUCACCAACAAGCCUGUGGAACCUGAGUCAGAGUUUGUUAUCAAGAUUCAGGAUAUCAAUGACAAUGAACCCAAAUUUCUAGAUGGCCCAUACACAGCAGGAGUUCCUGAGAUGUCUCCUGUUGGGACUUCAGUGGUACAAGUGACAGCAACAGAUGCCGAUGAUCCUACCUACGGCAACAGUGCUCGAGUGGUCUAUAGUAUUCUGCAAGGACAGCCAUACUUCUCAGUGGAGCCAAAAACAGGAGUCAUCAAGACUGCCCUUCCCAACAUGGAUAGAGAGGCUAAAGACCAGUAUUUGCUUGUCAUUCAGGCAAAGGAUAUGGUUGGCCAAAAUGGCGGACUGUCUGGAACCACCUCAGUUACCGUGACCCUAACUGAUGUCAAUGAUAACCCUCCUCGCUUUCCACGAAGAUCUUACCAGUAUAAUGUUCCAGAAUCUUUGCCUGUGGCAUCAGUUGUGGCCAGAAUUAAAGCAGCAGACGCAGAUAUAGGAGUCAAUGCAGAAAUGGAAUACAAGAUAGUAGAUGGUGAUGGACUGGGGAUUUUCAAGAUAUCUGCUGACAAAGACACCCAGGAAGGAAUCAUUACCAUACAAAAGGAACUCGAUUUUGAAGCCAAAACAAGUUAUACGCUGCGCAUAGAAGCUGCAAAUCGAGAUGCUGACCCCCGGUUUCUGAGCUUGGGUCCAUUCAGUGACACAACAACGGUUAAGAUAAUUGUGGAAGAUGUGGACGAGCCCCCUGUAUUUUCCUCACCCUUGUACCCCAUGGAGGUGUCAGAAGCGACACAGGUGGGGCAUAUCAUUGGCACUGUAGCAGCUCAUGACCCAGAUUCUUCCAACAGCCCUGUGAGAUAUUCAAUUGACAGAAACACAGACUUGGAGAGAUAUUUCAAUAUUGAUGCCAACAGUGGAGUUAUUACUACUGCCAAAUCAUUGGAUCGAGAGACAAAUCCUGUUCAUAACAUUACAGUCCUCGCACUGGAGAGCCAAAAUCCAUCCCAGGUGGGGAGAGGCUAUGUGGCCAUCACUAUACUGGAUAUUAACGACAAUGCACCUGAGUUUGCCAUGGACUAUGAAACCACUGUCUGUGAAAAUGCUCAGCCAGGGCAGGUUAUCCAGAAAAUUAGUGCAGUAGAUAAAGAUGAGCCAUCCAAUGGACACCAGUUUUACUUCAGCUUAACAACUGAUAUGACAAAUAACCACAACUUUUCAUUGAAAGAUAACAAAGACAAUACAGCCUCCAUACUCACUAGGAGAAAUGGCUUCCGCAGACAGGAACAAUCAGUUUACUAUCUGCCAAUUUUCAUUGUGGACAGUGGAUCUCCUUCACUCAGCAGUACCAACACACUUACCAUCCGUGUAUGUGACUGUGACUCUGAUGGCAUAGCUCAGACCUGCAAUGCAGAGGCCUAUGUUCUGCCUGCUGGACUCAGCACUGGGGCCUUGAUAGCAAUACUGGCCUGUGUCCUUACUCUAUUGGUGCUGAUCCUCCUAAUUGUUACCAUGAGACGACGAAAAAAAGAGCCUCUCAUUUUUGAUGAGGAGAGGGAUAUUAGAGAAAACAUAGUCAGAUAUGACGAUGAAGGCGGAGGAGAAGAAGACACAGAAGCCUUUGACAUGGCUGCACUGAGAAACCUCAAUGUCAUUAGAGACAGCAAAACUCGGAGAGAUGUGACUCCUGAAAUUCAGUUCUUGAGUCGACCGACUUUUAAAAACAUCCCAGAUAAUGUCAUUUUUAGGGAAUUUAUUUGGGAAAGACUGAAAGAAGCUGAUGUGGAUCCAGGGGCUCCGCCAUAUGACUCUCUUCAGACUUAUGCAUUUGAAGGAAAUGGCUCAGUAGCUGAAUCUCUCAGUUCUUUAGAUUCCAUCAGCUCAAACUCAGAUCAGAAUUAUGACUACCUUAGUGACUGGGGUCCCCGUUUUAAACGACUGGCUGAAAUGUAUGGAAAUGGCCAAGAGAGUUUGUACUCAUAGCCAUGGACUCUUAGUUUGAAAUGUACUGAAGAAAAAGCAGCAGAAAAAGAAAAUUCAAAAGGGAAAGAAAAGUGGAAAAUACUACAUACAGUAAACAGCAAUUCCACUUGUGGGACAAAAGGAGGUUGUAAAUAUGUCUCCAUUUUUAACUGUUAAGUCUUCUGCCCUGGUGAAACAUUCACUAGGUUAUCCAAGGGAUUUCACUGACCACAGACUCUAAGCAUUUGUAGUUAUGUUUUUUGGUGGUUUGUUUUGUUUUUCUGUUUGUGGUUACAUAAAAUAUAUAGUGGUUUGUGAAUAGAUAGCAACUCUCAUAUACCUGCAAAGCUACCUUACCUGCCUGAUAAAGUAAUAUCCUGUGUUGUCAGGGAGCCAAAGGCACCUGGCUCUAACUUUCAUGGUACUCUCUGUAAGAAGAAUAGUGCCUGGUACACCAUUCACAAAAUCCUAGAACUUCUUGCCUAUCCAAACCUGGAAGAAUUCAUCUCGACUAAAGCUUUUAAGAUUGCUAUAAAAGGUAGAGCUCAACAGAAUUUUAUCACUGUUGGUGCACAAAAAUAUUUUAUUUUAUUUAUCAGCAUAUAAAAUUCUUGUAAUAACUUCCCUAAGUAAAAAGAUGGAAUAAAACCCAAUAAUUUAACACAACAUAAGUCAUUGGUUUGCCAAUAAAUUAUAUGCAGUGUUCCAAGUAAGAAAAAAUGUAAAUAAUUCUCCAAGUUUGAAGUAGUUUUGAAACUCUCAUGUAUGAAACAUUUAAACCAGUAGUUGCUGUCUAUUUGUUAAUUUUCAUUGGCUCUUCUGAUUUGUACAGAAGAAUAUACUUUUAUUUAAGACAUAGUGUUGUGUUUAUUUUGGAGCUCUAGUCUCCACUCUGUUCAGGUUUAUCUUACUGCCUCAUGGUGUUAGGCUCAUAUGCACGAGCUGGCUUUUCUGCAGCAUGAACUACAGGAAGGACAUGAAGCAUGAAAAUGGAGUGACACAGCACAGCAGUAGAGCAUCAUUUCUACACACAUCUCAAAGAAAAGCAUGGCUCUAAGGACAGUCAUAUUGUCCUUCUAAGCCACUAGAGUGCACAAAAUUGUGGGAACAAAGUAUUUGAAUUUCAGUAAGUCUUGGGGAAUAUUAAGGCUUUUCUUUGACUUAGAAAUGAAUUUCCAAAAAUCAAGAGUUCUAUAUGCUACAAAGACUUUCAAGGGCCUUGCUCAGCCUUCUUUGCUGUAAACACGUUGAGUGAGAAACUGAAAUUUCAGUAUAUUUUACAAAAUAUGAUGUCAUACAUUUCAACUCAUGGUGUCAUGCAAGCAUUGAAUGAUGUGUAAGUUCUCUAGUUGUUUAGAAGUGCCAAAUUGAAUAGAGCAAUUUCAAGUAGUCAUAUGUGUUUAAGGUUGAGAUGAAUGUCUCAGAAUCCGAUGACUUUUUAAAACAAAAUGAUAUUUGUACUUAUUUUUCCUAGAUUAAUGCUAGUUUAUUGUGUACAUAAUCAAAUAAUAAUGAAUUUAUUUUUCUUUACUUUUUUGUUUCAAGAUUAAUUAUUUAGUUCUGAGAAAACAUAUACAUUGUGAGUACUGUGUAUGAAUUGUUUUGUAAAAGUCAUCCUUUGGAGAAGCAGAGAUGAGAACUAAAAUAUUCUGUUGGUUAAGUGAGAAGAAGCUAUGUAGGAUGCUGUAACUUGUAGUCCACAAUUAAAAAUGGGGAAUGUGAAAGUGGCCUUCAGCUGCAUAAUAUCAAUAAUUCAAUAAAUUUGUUAAUCUAUAUACAGUCCUUAAAUGGAAAAAGUUAUUUAGAUAUUGUUCCAUGACUAGAUAGUUGCUACAUUUCUUGCUGUAUUCAGAGUCUUAUGUAUAAAGUUUUACAACAGAGUAAAAUAUCCUGUUUAUAACUCUUAGAAAGAAAAACAAAUUCUUCAAAUUAAACCAAACAUCAUAUCUUUCUAUUUUAAUAAAAUAAGAUUGUAGUGCAGGAAUUAUUUAGAUGCUGAAUCUGCAAAAUGCUAAGAAAAUAGUUUGUAACAAACCCCUGAUAUCUGGAAGAAAAUGAAAUAUUUACUGCAGUGGAUAGUGGUGUAAAACUUCUAAUUUUCUUUUAUGUGUAUAUAUAUGAAAAUGUUUGGUAAUAUAUAUAUACAUAUAUAUGUAUAUAUAUAUUACCAAAUGAUGCUGUGGUUGAGUUUUACUAAAGGACCCUCUGGUUGUGAAACAGAUUUUAUCACUUUGACAUGUGAAUGGAUUUACCUUUUGCUAGUGGUAGCUCAAGAAAAGAAUGGUUUACUUUAACUACUGGUUUGAAAUUCUUUGCGUCUAUCACAAUAUUAAUUAGGUUCUAUUGUAGUUUAUGAAAUUGCUGAAAAUAGAUGGACAUAUGUCCUUACUAUCAGUAGAAUUUAUAUGACACACUCAAAUUUAACAGCAAUGAGGGUAAGAGUGUUAUUAUUUAUUAUUUUAGCUUGCGUUUAUGUUCUAAAAUCUAAUGCUGUUUGUCAUAAUAAUACAUUAGAGCUAAAAGAUUUCAUCAGUUGACUAAAAAGAUGAAUUAUUACACAAAUUUAGGGAUUUACCAAAGUGUGUUUAAAUACAUAUAUUUAUUAUUUAGUGAUUUAAAUUUAUCAUUGUACUUUAAACAGCCAGAUGUAUCUCAAGAACCAGUAUGUACCUUAUUCUUGAAAUUUAUUUGCAUUAGUAUAAUUUUCCUGCAUUUGAUAUGCAUAGAAGACUUAGGCAAUUUAGACAGUGGCAUAUUGUCUGCUAAAAAGAUUUUAUUAGCUGUCUACUUAUUUUACUCAUUUUUCCUUUUUAUUUUUGAAUCCUAGUCCUAUCUACAUCCCAGAGUUGCCAUAUACUCAUGGUAACUCUCUUUUUUCAAUCUCUUUUACCUGAGUUAAAGUUUUACAUGAAAAUAUUAGACUUGUAUACCCCAAACUAAUUCAUCACACAAUAACUCAUCACCAUAGAUAAUUUUUGAAUAAUAUUUAAUAGUGAUUUUAAAAUAUGUGCUAAAUUCUAUCCUUAAUCACAGAUGCACCACCAUUGGAAGUAAUUGUGGCACAGAGGGACUGCACACUUCGUUAUAAGAGUCGAUGUCUUAACAAUUGUAGUUCAAAAGACUAGGAAGGUAGUCCAUGUGUUUAAACAUUUCUCAUUUAUACAUAACAGCAAUUCAUGGUCUGCUGAUUAACAUUUUUAACAGUUGGAUUUCUUUAAAAUCUACUUCAAGUUUAUUUAUUAUUAUAUGUGCCAAAAAAUACACCAAAUAUCUCUUCUGAAUUAUAAAUUUUGGAUAAUUUAAAAUAAUGAUAAAAAUAUAAACUAAACCAGACAACAAGCCAUUGUCAGCUACAAAACAAAAUCAAGUACAAGUUCACAAAAAGAAAAAAAUUGACAGGUGGAGCCAGUGACUAGAUCGGUGUACUAGUAAUCAAUGUACUCAACCCUCUUCUUUAAUAGAAGCAGCUACUGGGACAAAUUGAAGUUGGGCCUGGAUGCAAAGAUGGCCAAGGUAUACAAUCACUAUUUGAUGGUAUGGAUCUGAGGGUUCAACAUCCAUAAAUAUUUUCAAUUGCUCUAACUCUAAGCAUGUUUAAUCUACACUUUCCUCGGUAAUGAGCAGGCAUAGACAGGUGUUCUUCACAAACAGGAAAGGGGUACAGGUAUGGGCAACAUCUGUCACAUGAACCACAAGCAGAAAUAGAAAUGCCAGUGCAGUGUUCAAAUACUGACCUGGAAGAAACUGAAAAUAAACUGUUCAAUAUAUUGUAAGAGGAAAAGCAGUUUUGUUUUAACAUUUUAAAUUCUCUAAA